AGAAAACAUACACAAAUAGCAACAAAUGGCGAACAAGCUCUUCCUCAUCGGUGCAACUCUCGCCCUCUGCUUCCUCCUCACCAACGCUUCCAUCUACCGAACCGUCGUCGAGUUUGAUGGAGAUGAGGCCACCAACCCCAUGGGUCCAAGACAGAGAUGCCAGAAGGAGUUUCAGGCUUCACAGCACCUAAGAGCUUGCCAGCAAUUUAUGCGCCAGCAAAUGAGGCAAGGCCGUGGUGGUGUUCCCGCCCUUGACGACGAUGAGUUCGACAUCGAGAACCCGCAAAGACCCUAUCUACUCCAGCAGUGCUGCAACGAGCUUCAGGAGGAAGAACCAGUUUGCGUUUGCCCCACCUUGAAACAAGCGGCCAAGUCGGUUAGACUCCAGGGACAGCACGGACCGUUCCAAGCUAGGAAAAUUUACCAGACAGCUAAGCACUUGCCUAACAUUUGCAACAUCCCCCAAGUUGAUGUUUGCCCCUUCCAGACCAUCCCUUUCUUCCCUCCUUACUACUAAAUCCCAUACACAACCUCGAUCGAGUGUAUAUAGCACGAUGAUCAUGAGUGUGGCUGUUGAUGUAUGUUAACACUACACAUUUAAUUAUCGUGUGUUUUAUGGACAAAAUGUAAGUUUAGGAUGUUCUGAGGCCGCUAAUGUAAUUAGCACUACUCCUUAAUAAAUGAGAAGUUUGUUUUUUUUUUUUUUCA